GAUUUUCGUAUUUUGGGUUGGAAAAAUCGAAACAGAGAGUGUUAUUGGUGAUUAUACAAAAUGGCAUCGAGCGCAAAUCGCUCAAGUGAUGUUAUUAUUAUCGAUGGGAGCAUAAUGGAAGGGGUGAGAAGAACUUACCUGUGGGUUUUGUACCAUUCACCAAGACAGCUCCCAUAAAAUGAUAUAUAUACCUUCUUGAGAUAACUUUUUUGUCAGUACGUGCUUCAUGCAGUCAGCUCAUAGAUUUUGAGUUUACCUUCAUUGUGUUAUAUUUCACUGCUAUUAAAUCUGUCUUGACUAUUUUCUAGGGUGGUCAAAUCCUCAGGAAUGCAGUGAGCUUUGCCUGUUUGUUGAAUUCUGCAGUUUGUGUUGAAAACAUCAGAGGUGGAAGAUCAACACCAGGACUGCGAGCUCAACAUAUGACUGGUAAAAACUAAAUGGUCAAAUAAUGUAAAUUUUCCAAAAUACCUGUUGCUUGAGACAAAAAUAUUUCUUUUCAAAGGAAAAACCCAAGCUCACAGCGUAAAGGGUCGAUCACAUUAUGCCACUCUAGUCAGCUGGGCUGAGAUUGCAGCUCAGCUUUCUGAAUAAAUCUUCUUAAAAUAAUGUUAGAAUUUACAUGAAGAGUGUCAGCCUGGUCUGAAACUAAAUGUAUAUUUCAAAUAAAUAACUGGUCAAAUGGGCUGAGAUACCCCAUGCAUUUAAGCUUCACCCAGGGCUGAAAGUAUGGACAACUUACAAGCGUGCACUGAUUGAGAUUUUAAACCAGACCACUUUGUAUGUGAUGUUUCCUGGCAGUGCCCAAUUUUAAACAUUGCACUCGGGAUUAAGGUCACCACAAGUGAUCUUUUGACAAAAAUACAGCUUCAUACACUAGCUGAUAGUCAGCUGACUAGUUAUUGGUUAGGAUGGUCGGUAGGUAGCUCGAUAGGUAGGCAUGAAAAGAUAAUCAAGGGAACUGACAAAUGAAAGUAAAUGAAGUUUUAUUAUUUCUAGGAUUGCAGCUGAUUAGAGAUAUUACUUCUGGUAAACUUGAUGGAGACAAAAUUGGUUCUAUGUCCGUUACUCUUCAUCCCACAAAUAUUGGUUCAGGGACAUUUAUUGCAGAUACCAAAACAGCUGGGUAAAGGAAUUUUAACUGAUUUUCUUUUGGUUUUGUUAUUACUCUCUGAUUUUCUGUUGUUUCUGUGGUCGAAAUAUGAAAACCUCAAUUGAGUUGUAUUCUUGCUGUUCUUGCUAUGUUUUUAGGCAGGAGUUUGGCUAUUUCUUAAUUCUUUAUGAAGUGUGUGAAAUGUUCGUCCAUACUUUUGCCUUGCUCUACAACCAAAGCAAUGCAAUCUUAUCCCCAGGAUUUCUCAGUUUUGUCCCUUUUUCUGGUGAUUAUUCUGUACUAUUGACAUCAUUUUCUGGUUAUCGUAAACAUCUUCCAAAUUUGGUUGAUGUGAGCUGGUCAUGAAGAAUUAGCCAUGGGAAUUGAGCCUAUCAGAAAAGAAGAAAUAAAUUAUUUUGAAUGAAUAACAAUGCAUGAUAAUGAAAUAAAAGAAACUAACAUUCAAGCUAAUUAUACAUUUUACUACAACAUAUCAAUUCACAUUAAAUAAAAUAAAAUUUGGUUUUCAGGAGUGUAUGCCUGCUCAUGCAGCUUGCUUUACCCUGUUUACUCUAUGCACCUGCUGCAUCAAAACUGAUUCUUAGAGGAGGAACAAAUGCAGAAAUGGCUCCACCUGUUGAUUUCAUGACAGAUGUAAGUUGUCAGUCAUUAUUUAUGAGGUUUUAAUACUUAUAUUAGAUACGUCAAUUUGUUUUAGCCCCUGCAGUGCCACAUCAAUGCAACUGGGAUGAGUGUUAAUGAUCAAGAAGGUAUAGUGCUGUUGAACAAUGUGACUAUUGAGGUCACAAAAUUAAUUGCUAAUGGCUGCAACUGCACUUGGUAAGUUUAUAACCAGGCUAGUUUUUGCAAAACCUGGUAAAAAAUUCUUCAGAACGUAACCUCAUGGUUAAAAGAGUUUGACCAGGUUAAUUUUUAUCAGAGGCUGGACUCAAUUUAGACUUUCACAAAGUCAUUCAAUGUUGCACAGUUUUUUGUUUGCUCACUUAAGUCCCCUAGUGUGGCCACAGCCAAUGUUUAUUAGCUUUUUUUUUAGUUUUACCUCACUUUGAUCUCUUACAGGUUUUAAGGCCUAUUGUCAAAAAGUUAGGUGUAGAGUUUGAUUGUGACAUUGUCAGAAGGUAAGUUAACUUGCUGUAGAAGUCACUGUGGCUUAAAUUCCUAAUGGCUCUGCCUUAAAGAGCAAGACCAAGGAUUAGAUGGACCAGGGAUAACUUGGAUGGCUUCAUAAAAUGCUGGCACUAAAUUGCCCGCAACAAUUGGACUAGUAGAGGUCAGUAGGGAAGUGUACACUGUACCUCCAAUGGCAGACAUUCAACGGUGACAUUUAACACUAACUGAACUGAACUGAACUGCCUAUGUGUAUAUCCAGGGUUAUUAAAGUCAUGAUGAACAAGGGUAAACAAAAUUUUUCAAGGUCAGGAAUUAGGGAACUUUUCUUGGCAUAAAGUGAGGAGAAAAUAGUUCUUAGCAAAGUUAGUGAAAAGUCAGCUAAUUUUUCUUUCAGGAGGACAUUUGGUUUCAUUGAACCCAUAAGACAAUUGAAGAAGAAGAGCCUUUAUUUACCAUAUAUUUGAGAUCAUGCAAGUAAGCUCUGUUGAGCUUUUUGAUGAUCUCUGCUUUAUUCUAAAUAGAUGCAUAUUCUGGAUUGUACAAAAAAUGCUUGUAGAGGAACUAAAAAUGAAGAGACAAUAAUAUUCAAAGCCUGCAAAAUUAACCAGCUUCAAAGUUAGUAAAAGUUAAUUCUUUUUUACAGUCUGGUAAAGUCAGGAAUUGUAGUCACAGAUAGAUUGGAUUUUUUUGUUCAAGUGAGUGGCAUGGCAUUCAUUAAUAUGAUGUUGAUUCAUAGUCAGUUUCCAGCAAUUUUUAAUUGUUUUUUUUUUUCUCUUCUACAAGAGGUUAUUACCCGAAAGGAGGAGGUGAGAUUCAUGUGACAGUGAAGCCAGUCAAACAGUUGAGACCUUUACAGUUACUGGAGAGAGGAUCAUUAACAAGAAUAACUGGACGAGCAUUUGUUGCAGGAAGGCUUCCUUUGAGGGUUAGUUAUUGCCUCACGCAUCGUCGAGUGAUUUAACCUUGGUUAGUAACAUCUGCAAAGCAGCGCCGAUAUCCUUGUUCUGGGUCCCAAUGGAUUCAAAGAAUUACUGGAACUGCAUUUCGAAUUUCCUUUUAACUUGAUUGGCAUGUCAACAGUGGCUUUUUAACAAACCAACCCUGGUGCGUACUUAAAUCCUGUUACACACAGGUGGGAGCCCAGCUGCGAGAACAAGGAUUUUGGCACUGUUUCACAGACAGACUUAACCAGAGUUUACAGUUUCAUCUGUUUAGGUUAGUUAACAAUAAGCCAUUUCUGACUUAUACGAGAAACCUUCAGAAAGAACUGGACAUCAAUAGGGAAGAGGUUCUCCUCUUGCACAUUAGUUUGGACCAGAGUAGACUCUGUGCAUAUUGUCACCUAUUGUCCUCAGUGAACCAUCAGUGCACUUGUAGACUGCCACCUAUGCAUGAGUAAAUGUACAUUUCAAAUUUUGCUCUACCAACCCUGAAAAAAAAUGAAAGAUUACUCCAAUCUUUUAUCAGUCUAGGACCAAAGAGAAAUUAAAGUGGGAUGGAAGGUAAAAGAUAAAAAGGGAUGGGAACCAUGAUUGUUACAAUAUGAAGAUGGGAAAUGAAAAAGAGGUGUACACCAACUUUAAGAGAAGUGACAGUUAUGAGGAAUUGAGUCAGAGGCUGGGAACAGGUUUUGAUGGAAUUAAAAACAUACAAAGGGGUCAGGUACUAAAUGGGAAGGGACUGGCAAGUGGAAACUGACUGAAACAGAAGAAAAAAGGAAGUGGGAAAUGGGAGAUAAGGGAAGGGAAAUGGAACAGAAAAGUGGGAACUGCUAGGUGGGAUGGGGGUGGAAAAAGAAGCUAGAAGAGGGGAGGGUGCAAAAGGGGCGGAAGCUGGGGGACAAGUUCAUUGAAAAUGGGAGAAGGAGUUAGAAAUUAGAGGAGAUACAAUGGGAAUAGGAGAGAAGUGGGUGAAAUAUGGUAGGGUAGAACUUUGGGAAAGAAAGACUGGGAGAAACAGAGAUGGGAACUGGGAAAGAAGUGUGCGACUUGGGAGAGAAAAGGUGGGAACUGGAAGAGAAAGGGGUAAAAGUAGGAGAAAAUAGAUGGUGAGAAGAAAGAGGAUGGAAAGUGGAAGAAAAAGAAGUGAGAGCUGGAAGAAAAUGGGAAGAGAAGUGCUGGGAAAGAUGUUUGUGAAAAUGGGAAGGGAAAAGUGAGAACUGGAAGAAAAAGGGGUUAAGAAUUGGGAGCUGAAGGGAUUAGAACAGGAAAGGAAGUCUUUGGCGAUGGGGGCCUACAUGAUACAUUUUUUAUAAUAAAAUAGUUAUUGAAGCCAAAAUACAUUUUUUUUAUUGAUACCAAAAUAACCUUAACUUACUUAUAACCUAACGUUAACUGGUAUUUUCUAAUAAUAUUGAUCUACAGAUAGCCCAGACCAUGGCCAGAGAGGCAGACAGGGUUUUAAGGAAAAAAUAUCCUGACCUCAGUGAUAUUAACAUUGAACCAGUUCAAGAACCUCCUGAAAAAGCACAUGAAAGUGGAACAGGAAUAAUGUAACUCUUCCUUCAGCCAUUGGUAGCUAGCUGAAUAUUCAGUUGACUCCUUGACUUCAUCUUAAUAAUUUAGAUGAUAAUAUUAAGCAGUUGCUUUUUUUUACUGUCAAACUUCGAAACUUUUCUAUGCCUUGAAUGCUUUUAGGGAACUGAUACCAGAGAUUUUAAAUUUAACUCUUUAAGUCCCAAUAGUGACCAGCAGCAAUUUUCUCCUAACAAUAUCCAUACAUUAUCAUGAGAUUAGGUUAUGAGAAUUAAUAAAAUAAUCACCUAAGAGAAAAUACUUUGAUCUUUUAACAAAUUCUCUUAACUAAUUCUUAACGGAAAUGUAUAGAGAUCAGUUUGGAGAAUUUGUAUGUAGAUAUUGGGGCUUAAAGGGUGAAGAGAAAUUACUAGCCUGAAAGACCAAUAUAUUAUUGAAAAAUAGAGGACAAAAAAGAAUUCUUUUUAAAAUUAUUGAUAGUUUGUAGGACUCUUCAUGCAUUUAAUACAAGUACCAUUGUCAUUUAAGUGGAUUUUUUUUCUUCCUUUUUUUCUAAUGCAGCCAUAUAUGAGCCAUUUUAAAAAUGCCUGGUUAAUUAGAUGAUUAAUGUCACCAAUGCUUAUCAAUCAUAAUAUUAUGCCUCCUUGAUUGAAUAUGUAAUGAUACAAUAUUAUUGUGAUGUUUCUUCAGGGUCAUGGCUGAAUCGUCAACUGGGUGUAGACUAGCUGGAUCAGCAAUUGGAAAGAAAGGUGAACGUCAGUUUCUUAUUGGUUUAUAUAAUAUAUAUACUUCAGCCAAUUGACCAGUGUAUCUUCUGCAAUGUGGAGGCAUGUGGCUGAGUGGUUAACACCACGAACUCCGCAUCUGGAGGUCCAGGGUUCAAGCCUCGCCCAUUGCAUUGUUUCCUUACACAAGGAAACUUACUCCACUUUGCCUCUCUUCACCCAGGUGUAUAAAUGGGUACUGGUAACAUACUGCUGGGGGAUAAUCCUGCAAUGGACUAGCAUCCUGUCCAGGGGAGAGUAGCGAUACUCCUAGGCAUGGUUCAUGCUAAGAAAACCGGGAUAAACUCCGGUCAUUUGGGGCUUUGGCUCAUGUGCGCCUUUACCAUUUUUUUAUCUUCUACAAAGGUUUUGUUUGCACAUGUGUUGACUUAACCCUUUAAGUCUCAAUAUCCACAUACAAAUUCUCCAAACUGGUCUCCAUACAUUUCCUUAAAGAAUGAGAUAAGAGAAUUUGAUGAAAGAUCAAGGUUUUUUCUCAUUGGUGAUCAUUUUAUUAAUUCUCAUAACCUAAUCUGUUAACAAUGUAUGGAUAUUACUAGGAGAAUAUUGAUGUUGGUCACCAUUGGGACUUAAAGGGUUAAUAGGUCAUUUCUGAGUUGCCCUAAAUGCAAAGCCAUUGAUAUAAAAAGGAUUUUUUGUUCUCAUGAAAAUGAAAUUCAUUUUCACAAGAAAAGUUUUUCAGUUAGCCUUGUUUUGAAAGUGAAAGUUUUUGGAACUUGGAAAUAGCCUACUGACACAGCUGUACAAUCACAUGACUGAUCCUCACCCCUUCCCUACCCCUGCAUGGGUAUCAUAUCUUUUAUCAGCCCUUGCGAUAUUACUGUUGCAGGAGUCCCAGCAGAAGAAGUAGCAAGAAAUGCUGUUGAUGAGCUGACUAGUAAUCUUCAGCAUAACAGCUGUGUUGAUGAACAUUUGCAGGAUCAGGUGAGUAUACCAGGAAACUUAAACUCUCUUUGAGGUUGGGUGGGCUUGCCGUGGGUAAAAAUGAGGCUAGACUAGUACUGUGAGCAGUCUCUCUUUUUCUCAGAAAUCUGUCACAAAGCACGAGAGGUAUGUAAGUUGUGUGGGUGCCAGUAUGCUCAGCUGACUGCUUGCAGCUCACACAUUCACACAUCACACUCUCUCACUGUAGCCUCUGUUUACAAUAAGGUUAGUAGAGACCUUUAGAUUCCGAGACGAGUAUGACUACAAGUGUGAGAUUUUCUCAAUACUAAGUAGGGCUUGCGCGUGAACCAGUGUCAUUUUAGCGGGAAAACAUGAUUGCCGUUGUCAUUCUACUACGAGUUUUAGCUAGAAUGUCUUGGUAACAGAAACAAGUUAUAAAGUGUUAGAGGUUUUAUCAUUUUGUGGCCGGGAGAUGGCUUAAGCUCCUUCAGCAAAGAUAUGUGCUAAUUUUUUGGUGAAGAAGAAGAGCAAUGAAGCUUUCCGGGGUGUCUAUAAUUUAAGAAUGCAUGAACAAACUUCAAGUCAAAUCUUGUACUCAUAGUCAUUCUUGUCCUAGAAUCUAAAGGUCUCUAAUAUUUGAGAGACUGAAUACUUGUGUGAAUGUACAGAUUUAUCAUUUCAUUCUUUUUUUUUAAAAGGGCAUUCCUCUCUUAGAUGUGGGCCACUGACAAUGCACACCCAAACAGCAAUUCAUGUGGCAGAAAAAAUUAUGAAGGUCAGCCCAUCUUACUCUUGCUUGGUUUAAAGCAUAAUUCUUAAGUCAGUCAAGUGGGCAAGCUGCUCAGGCAGUAACCUAAAUAACUGGCAUUUUUUUAGUAAGCACACAUUAUUUUGCAGAUAAUGAAGUGUUAGGAUGCUAAUUGCACAAGUGAGGGGGGACGUGGCCGACCUAAAAUAAGGCUCUAUUUUUGCAUCUUUUGGCAAAGCAAAACACAAUUGUGAAAUUGUGUCAGAUUAGCAAAAAUUUGGCCUAAUCUCAGGUUAAGUCACUGCCUUCAAGCAUAAUGUGCAUGUAAGCAAAAUCACACUAGCUUUCCCAUGUCUCACUUCUGCGUGCACACAAUGAGUUUCACACAUGCUCGUGUACUUGUACACCCUACUAUAUACCCCUGAGGAAAACCAGGGACUCCUCAGAAACUAAUAUCUUGUGAGGCAUUUCCAGUGUACGAUACAAAAGCACCUGUUCUUUGCUGGUUUAAGCAAGCCGUUAGCGAAGUGAAAGUUGGGAGGGCUCACAAUGAUAUAAAUCUUCAGGCUCCAUAUGGUCUACACCCUUUUCACAUUAGUACUUGUAUACCCAGAUGUGUGUGGGGAACAACAUUUUCAGCUUCUUUUGUACGUGAACCACCGUCAGUAAAAAGCAACACAUUCAAUAACCGACCCAUUCUGACUUAAUUUUAUCAUCCAAAUAAGUUUACAAUUUGAAUUCAGGGUUUCACAUUAGUAGGUUGCAGUAAAUAGACAAAGUAAUACAUAUAGUCAGUUGCUAGUUGCAGUGGUUGGAAAUAUGUGGUGUUCUAUUUUGAAAUAAAUACAUUUUAAUAGCUUUAAUUCCUUGAAUGAACAUUUCUCAGCUUCUUUUUCUCUCCUUUAGGCAAAAAUCCAGGUUCAACAACUCUCAGAAAAGGAAGGCUGUAUCAUUGAAUGUGAUGGAAUAGGGUUACAAAAUCCACAUCUCUAA